AUGUCUUCUGAAUUUGAGGCGUUACAACAACAAGGUACAUGGACCUUAGUUCCCACUUCUCCACAUUAUAAUAUUUUGGGAUGUAAAUGGAUCUAUCGUACCAAACGAAAUGCGGAUGGCUCUCUUGCUCGAUACAAGGCUCGUUUGGUGGCUCAAGGUUUUAAUCAAGAGUAUGGUCUUGAUUAUUUUGACACUUUCAGUCCAGUUGCUAAAUUCCCCACAAUACGUAUUCUUUUUACUAUUGCCGUCACUAGCAACUGGCCGAUUUUGCAAUUAGAUAUUUCCAAUGCCUUCUUACAUGACAAGCUAGAUGAAACCAUUUAUAUGAUGCAACCUCUCGGGCUCCCAGAUAAUGUAAGCCUCGCUGAUCCAUCCCUCCUUCGGUUCUCCAAAGAUGCAAUACAGUUAUAUCUCUUGGUAUAUGUCGAUGAUAUUUUACUCACUGGCAAUUCGGCUCAAGCAUUAGAUUCGCUGCUUCAUGCCUUACACUCUCGGUUUCAAAUGCGAAACCUUGGCCAAGCGUCAAAUUUUCUGGGUAUUCAAGUGGUGCCGAUUGCAAAUGGCUUGCAUCUAUCUCAGUCUAUGUAUGCUACUCAACUACUUCAAAAAGCUGGGAUGCAGGAUUCAAAACCGGUUCUCACUCUUUUACCAGUCAAGCUUCCUACCGUAAAUUCCUCUGAUUCUCUGUUUGAGCAACCAGAACUCUACAAACAACUUGUUGGUUCUUUACAAUAUCUUACCAUUACCCGGCCCGAUCUCUCCUUUUCUGUGAAUCUACUUUGUCAGCAAAUGCAUCAGCCGUAUUUAUUUCAUUAUCAGCUUCUUAAGAGAGUUCUUCGUUACAUUGCCGGUACUAUUCAGCUUGGUUUACCAAUUACUAGUUCAUCUCUUGAUCUCCAAGCCUAUUCUGAUUCUGAUUGGGCUGCCGAUUCCACUACUCGAAGAUCUAUUACCGGAUACUGUGCUUUUCUUGGAAAUACUCUUGUCUCGUGGUGUGUCAAGAAACAAACGACGGUUGCUCGUUCGUCUACCGAAGCUGAAGAUCGAGCCCUGGCCACAGCCGCCACAGAUAUUGUUUGGCUUCGUCGUCUUUUACAGGAUUUUUCUAUACCGCCGACGACACCUACCUCUCUUUUCUGUGACAAUGUGUCUGCUUUGGCUCUAGCACAGAAUCCUGUCUUUCAUGCACGUACUAAGCAUAUCGAAGUUGAUUUCCAUUUUAUCAGAGACUAUAUCCGGCAAAAACAAAUUUCUGUUCAUCACAUUGCUUCUAUUGAUCAGCCGGCUGAUCUGUUCACUAAAGCCUUUUCUGCUACCAGUUUCAACUCUUGCGCGACAAGCUAA